AAGGAAAGAGGUUGUGUUACAAUGUGGUUAGGGUUGUUGACUAAAAAACUAAAGGUUUAUGGUUCUAAUCCCUAGCAGGCCCCAAUGUUGUGUCCUUAAGAAAGGCACUUUACACCUCUCCCUAACCCUUUCCCUUACCUUAAUUCAGUAUCCCUAUCCCUAUCCAUAUCCCUAUCCCUAGUAUGUCAACCUCGUGUUUGGGGCUGGUAUUAUCCAGUAUCAGGACAAAGACUUGGGAAUUUGUCAUGAAAGACCUUCACAUUGAGAUUGAGACUCUGUGCUGUAAAAAAAUCAAUAUUGUGUUUGUUUUUUCAAUUCUCUUUCUGGAGAUAUUUAGUGCCACAAGCUAAAAAAAUAUAAGAACUUUUCUCUUAAAACACAUUCCAGUUUGGAAUUACAUUAUUUUGAGGAAGAGUGUAGGGGUGAGGGUGUUAGAACCUUAAAUGAUCUAAAACUGCCUUUCUUGUUCCUGUUUAAAGCUUGGCUAUGAUAAAACAAUUUUGUUCAGACUGACUUAUUCUACAGUAUUAUUGACUAUUGACAUACUCCUUUUAUCUCAAAGCAAACAGGCACCCGACCACCUGCCUGAUUGUUUAUUGUUAUGUUCCCUUUAGGGAAAACAUAUUGUUUUUGCUGGUGUGUUCUUCUUUCUUCUUCUGUCAUUCUUGGUGACACCUCAGGGGCGAGCAUAGUUCUUUUUUUAAAGAUGCCUCAGGGUUGAGCCUAGUGGUGUAGUAUUGUGUGCAGGUAGCUUGCCAAAGACAAAUUAUGGGGAGGGAAACAUCCUGCAUUUUCUUGAAAGUAUUAGCUUUCUGGUUAAUAAUAUCUAGUAGUUAUUUAUUAAACUAACCUGCUGGUGGUUGAAACCAACUUACACAUCAGUGUAGGGGGGUUGUUUAUAUUGCUGGAAUAACCUGAAAAAGCCAUUUUAUACUCAGUAAUUACUGAGUUCUACAUCAUUACUGGAUACUCAUGUCAGCAGUGUAUUCAGUCUACUAAUGCCUCUUUAGCAUCUUAUCAAAUCUACUUUGCCUCAUGCCUUUCAUUGUGUUUUAAAAAUUCCCCCAACUUGGUAUACAUUGUUAUGGUCAUGGAAGUAUCUUUUUCCUGUAACUAUUGAUGCAGUGCAUUUUAUUUAGUGAUAUAUAGUUAAAGACAUAAAAUCAGAAGUAUAAUGUCACCUGAAAUGGCACCUUGUCUACCUCAAACAUUAGACUAGCCCAAAGCAAACAUUACGUAAUGUGUGCUUUAGCUUUUGAGGUGGGGCUGUCACUUCAGCAGACAAAAAUCAUGGCGGCUGCACCGGGAAGUUUUCGCGAAGAGAUUCGUGAAGAACUGACCUGCAGCAUCUGCCUGGAGCUGUUCACCAGGCCCAAGGUGCUGCCCUGUCAGCACACCUUCUGUCAGGACUGUCUACAAGACCAUGCAGGGAGGGGAGGGGCCUUACAGUGCCCAAACUGUCGUCAGCAGGUCAGGCUGCCACCCCAGGGGGUCGCAGGUUUACCAGACAACCACCUGGUUACAAGUCUGUGUGAAAGGCUACAAAACCAGGCUACACUGUCAGGGAAAACAAGGGAACAACCCCAGUCUGGAAACAGGUGCAGUUUUCACCCCUCUGAGAAGCUAAAACUCUACUGUAAGCCUUGCCAAGUGCCUCUGUGUGUAGACUGUGUAGAAGAUAACCAUGAUGGGCAUCCGAACAUAAGCCUUGCAAAAGCCACAGAACAAAGGAGAUCCACAGUCCAGGCCUUGAUCAAUGAGGGGAGGAACAUUUUAGAAACUUACUGCAGCUUCAUCAGAGGUCUGAGGGAAACAGAGAAAACCCUGAACAAACAGAAACAGCAGACAGACAACACCAUCAUUCAGACCUACAACAAAAUGGUGCAGAAACUCACAGAGAGAAAAGACCACCUCUUGUCUGAGUCACAAGAAAAUUACAACGAGAACUUGGAGAAAAUGCAGACUGAAAGAGACAGAGUGUUGGCAGAUGUCAAUGAACUGUCUGCUGCCUGUGAUCGAGCAGAACAAGAACUGCAGCAGGGAUGGGUCGAGAUUCUCAGUCAGCAAACCGCUUUGACAGAGGUGGUAGGGAAGUACAGAGGAAAAGCAGCACCAACUCCUGUACAAACCCAGCCUGCUGUCUUUCAGCCCACAGACACCCCAGUGCCAGUAUUAGGACAUGUGACGGUCCAGUCUCCCCCAUCUGCACCAAUCCCAGCAGCACCUGCACCAAUCCCAGCAGCACCUGCAGUAGAGGGCACAGGUCAUCACCAUGGUAACCAAAGGCAAAGAGAGUCUCAGUCUCAGAGGAUGACAUUUGGUGGAGAGGGAACAGGAACAGGAAAGUUCAAAGAACCGUGUGGUGUUACAGUGUCAGAUGAAGGGGACAUCUUUGUAGCAGACAGGCUGAACCAGAGGAUCCAAGUCUUCACCCUGCAGGGAACAUUUGUGAGACAGUUCCCAACAAUCAUGUCAGCUGGACAGAAGAUGUACCCAAAUGAUGUGGCCAUGGAUGGGGUGGGGAACCUGUGGGUGGUGGGGGGUAAAGGGUCUGCUUACUUUGCUAUGAAGUACAACAAACAGGGCAGGGUGCUGAGGAAGUUUGACCUACAGAAGACAGGGUGGGACAGAGGAGUUGCCGUGGACACCAGGAGGAACCACAUCCUCAUCACACAAACCACAGGAGAUGUAGACAACCCACAUGGUGAAGUUUUGGUGUUCAGGCCAGAUGGGACACUUGUGGGAGCUGUGGGUCAGCAGCAGGGGAUGGAGUGCCCGCAAUAUAUCACUGUGGAUGGGGAAGGGAACAUUCUUGUGUCAGACUAUGGCAAUCACUGUGUCUAUGCGUACAACGAGGACGGACAGUUUCUGUUCCAGUUUGGAGGUGAGGGAAGAGGUGAAGGUCAGCUGUGGCAACCCCAUGGCAUCUGUACAGACAGGGCAGGUAACAUCAUCGUGGCAGACUGGGGAAAUAGUCGUGUGGAGAUGUUUGACAAGACAGGAAAAUUCCUCAAAAACGUCACUACAGACAUUUUGUAUCCACGGGCUGUUGCCAUGGAAACACAGAGACAGCUGGUAGUGACUAAUAAUAACCACAAGGUCUCCAUACUAGUAUUUGAUGACUAUUCAACCUGUUGUAUUAAUUAAAGUUCACAGUCUGUGCACUUACAGUCAAAGUGCUUGUAAACAAUCAUAUUUACUGCAAGAAACAAACAAUAUAUUAGAGAUAGUUGAACUUUACAAGCCGAAGCCAGGACAACGUUUUGUUCAUUUCAUUUGAGAGAAAAGUGGAGUCCAUGAUUGAACAUUUUCAGCAGGACUUUGAUUCCAAUAGACAGCUCCUGCUGACUUGUUUGCCCAUGGUCUAGUUGAUAGGGUGGGGUUGUGUGGCAUAACUGCAGGCAGGGUGUUUGGCCCAUA